CAUCCAUGGGAAAAAAAAUGAAACCAGACAAGCUGGAAAGGGGGCAGGCGGGAGUCCGGGCGAGCAAGAGCGGUGAGGGAGAGGGGACUUACUUUGCGAGGCGCGGUACUGAGCGCGGCCGACGAGAAAUAAAGGCCCGGACCCGGGCUGCCCCGAACCCCGAGAGUGCGGUAAUGUCAGCGCUCCGGUCCGGGUGGCGGCGGGCGCCGGGCACGGAGACCGGGACGGACGCGCGUGCGGCGGGCGCUGCGCGGUUCGGCUCGGCGGGCGCUCGCGCUGCGCUCCGGCUCGGGCCCCGGCUCCACACGGCUCCGCUCCUGGCUCCCCUCUGGCUCCUGGCACCAACUCCGGGCAGUCACAUGACGCCGGCGCGGCUCGCUCUGCGAGCCUCCCGGGGCUGGCGGGGUAAGUAGAGGCUGGGACCCGGGGUGGGAGGG